CUUGGAUCUAGCAGCUGGGAGGCAGCAGAUUUAGGCAAUGAAGAAAGAAAGCAAAAGUUCUUGAGACUUAUGGGUGCUGGAAAGCCACAUGCACAUGAUGAUCUUUCUGUGUUAUGGACUGCCACACCAUGUAAAUAUUAGGGUGUCCACCCAUCUUGAUGUCACUUUAAGCCAUGCAUAUGUAUGGCAGGGAAAAAAUAGUUCACCUGUAGCACACCCAUGUGUCGGUAAUACUGCAGUUCAGAAAGAACAUACCGGACGCCUUGUUAUUGGAGACCACAAAUCAACCUCCCAUUUUAGAACAGGGGAAGAAGACAAGAAAAUGAAUGAUGAGCUUGAAACUCAGUUUCAGCAAAGCAUGGACAGCACCAUGUCAGGAAGGAACCGGCGGCACUGUGGACUUGGUUUCAGUGAGUUGGGUGACGAUAAAGAAGAGCAAGAAGAUACCAGAGAUUCCCUGGAACCAGAAACCUCAGAGGACUCAGAAAGUGACUCUGACUCUGAGCAAGAAGAAGCUGCAGAACCGCCACCAUCUACUGAAAAGCACAGAAAUGCAGAUGAUUCUCAAGCCAAGAAAGAUGUGAAAAGCAACUAUAAAAUGAUGUUUGUUAAAUCCAGUGGUACAUAACUACAAAUCAAAUUAGCCUUUGAGCAAAAUAAGCCUUAUGGUUACAGUGCAAAGUAUUGGACUGCUUACAGCACAGACCUUUCUAUUAUGGUUUUAAUAAGGCCCUUUUAGAGGAAGAGUAGUGUUUGCAUUCCCAAUGCCAUGCAACUAUUUUUAUCAGCAUGACUGUAUCCAUUUGUUUUGUAAAAUAUAAAAAUAAAAUUGGGUGGGAGGUGAACUUAGUUCUCAACCUACUUUUACAUUAUUCUUCUGUCUACCUAUUCCAUUAUCGCUAUUGAACCUUUCUAAGCUUGUUAAAAUGAUUUCUUGAAAUGAUUCUUGAUGUCCUUAUGUGGUUUAUUUUUUUAAAACCAGCAUCCUGUUCAGAUUUUGAAUGAUGUAAUUAUUAAAGAGUGAGAAUUGGA